AUGAAUUGCUAUGCAUCUAGAUUAUUGAAUCCUGAUUACGACCGUUCUAGGCUAGUGAUUGUUAAGGAUACUUUAGAGAAUGCAUCCCUACAUCUCUUGUAUCAUCUUAUCUCUUCCUGGUCGAUGAGUUGUUCACCCAACGCUUUGACAAUUUUGCACAAUGAAAAAAUAAGUCAGGCGUAUUUGAACCGGUGUAGAUUUUCCCAAAAAAAGAAUCUUUUUUUCAUCGAUCUAUUUUCAAAUCCGUACGGAUGGGAAGCGAAUGACGAUACCUGUCAGCUUUCUAGCGAUUCGCCAGCAGCAAUUCGUUCUAUACCCUGUACGCAAGUAAAUGACCUGAAUGCCGUUUACGAAGCGAUAGUCCAAGUUUCGUUACAUGCUCAAAAAAGUAUUUUAGUGAUUGACUCUCUGUCAAGUCUGCUUCUUCACGGUCAUCACAUGGAAUCUCUGGCCAUUUUUCUGAAUCAGCUCAAACAAUCCAAAGAUUCGCUAUUUCAGUCUAUUUUUGUAAUUUGGCAUGCGGAUACAGUCGAUCAACGAAAAUGCGAGCGACAACAGCUCUUAGAAGCGCAAGCAACCGAUAUUAUUACCAUGGACAAGCCAGCAUUACUGACUUCCAUCUUGGUCAAGGGUUCAUUCAAAAUUUUGAGAAAAGACAAAAAAGUUAGAAGAUAUUUUGAACAUUACGGUUAUGUUUCUGAUCUCGACGUGCUCAAAUUCUACAGUAAUGAGCAAGUUUUUUCCUCAGUAAAAAUAAAUGCAGCUGAAUCGCAAAGUACCAUGCAAAUCGGGCAAGAUGACAUUGACCGGCCAACUGAUGAGCAGGUACGAGCUAGAAGAGCAGUUCAACUCCCUUACGCCAACGCAAAGAAGUAUGCCUCCCAGAGUAUUUCUGGACUUCCGGAAUUGAGUCUCGAUGAACAGCAAGAUACCUCGUUAUAUGAUGUCGAGGCAGAUGAGUUAGAAGACGAGAUAUAAGAUUAUUUACAAAAAUACAAUACAUCUUUUCUAUGAGAAAAAAAAUCGCGAUCAGCUCUUGAUGCACUUAUAUAUGCUUCCAGAUGUCGAGAUUAUCAUCUGUGACAAUCUGAGCCUGGAAUUUUGACAGAUCCAAUCAUAUGCAUAGGAACUUUUACUGUGAUAUCGUUUGCAGUCAUAAACCUGUGUAAUGUCCGUAUACUAUGUGUGCGUGAACAUCUAUGGUCUCAGCGCUUUUGAGUGUAUUUAGAGCAAGGCCAAACUUCUCUUCUUGAUUUGACUCUAUUUCUAUUGGUCUACUCUAUGCCUGGCUUUGAAAUUGAUAAACACAAAAAAGGGUGUUUCAAGUGCGAUAAGCUUUUUCCACGAAUCCACGGUAAAUUGGUUAAAAACCUAUCAAAUGACACGAGAUCUUCUCUCAGUUCACCAGACUGGAACAAAAAACGUUGUAUUUCUGUUUGAUUCGCUUUUAUCUCACUAGCGAGGUUAUAAAAACGACCAACUGGAUUGACUAAACUAGGCAGACCUAUAUAAAUAAUUUCAACCUUUCCAUCAUCAAGCCCAAUAGUCAGCCACAUCCCUACCUUCCAAAGGGCUUCGUCUGGAUAUUCGUUAGGAUACUUCUGUUUGUCCACACCUGAAAAUAUAAUUGAAGCGAAACACAGCACGGUGCCAGUUGGAGCACAUCUCCGAGGCAACAAGUCGACUUCGUAGUUUACCAAAACGGCAUUACGUUUUAAACGGCCUAGACCAUCCUCGACCUUAGUAAAAAUCCAUCUCUCAAACUCAAAAAAA